CAGAUAGUGUAAUACUGUGCCAGGGGUACGACCGCAAGUCUUCAGAGACUCCACACAGGACUAAAACACCUGAACCUAUCUUGGUAACUUCUAACCUCAGGUAUGAGGGGACACUUAGUUUGCAUUUUCUUGCUUGCAACCACCUUUGCCUUAUCAGUGAAGAGCAAACCACACAACAAACAUCAUGCCUUGUCCAAGUCCUCACACACAGCCAAACACAAGGACGUCCUCCCAGAAGAGGCGGACGCAGAACAAUUAUUGCCCACCUUCGUCUCAUUAGAGGCCGGCAGUGGGGAACAGGAAGACCAGGAGCUUGGCGCUAAUGCUAAUGCUAAUGCUAAUGCUAAUGCUAACACCCAGGAGGAAGGAGUGUUGCAGGCCACCCAGGGGGGGGAGAAGAGCACCGCCGUCCUGCUGAGUGAGGAGGAACUGGUAGACCUUCUGAAUAAAGACACUGAUGGAGAACUGGAACAGGAACAGGAUGUGGAGGAGGAAGUCAAGGGGGGGGUGGAUGGACAGGAAGUGAAAGCCGACCAGGACACUGAGAACCCUCAGGAGGAAGGGGAAAUAACGGAAAACCAGGAAGAUGCGGAGGAGGAGAAAGAGCGGGAGGACCACGGCCAAACUAUGGAAAAAUAUAUUAAGAUGUUGGAGGAAGAGGAGGCAAAGGAAGAUGAUGAACAAGAGGCCAAAAUUCAUGAGGAAGAAGAGGAGAUAAAGGCUGUCAUCAAGGCAGGAUCAGCAGUAGAUGGAGCAGAUGGGAGCACUGAUUCAGAGAUUCUAGCUGACCUUGACUAUGCAUCUGAUGCUGACCUCUCACAGCCCCUGAACACUGAGCUACAACCCCUGAAGGAACAUCUAAAGAGCCACAAUACCCAACCCCUCCUGAAGGGAGAGGGCUCAGACAAUCAGGCUAUCGAGGAGCCUAACAGCGUUAAACUAAUACCCACCAUAAUCAUGGACGAGCAAGACUUGAAAAUCGUUGAUGCAUUAGAAAGGGAAGUAAUGGCCGAUCAAGGACAAGAUGAGCUCCUGGGUGAGCAAAGUGUGAAGGAGGAGGAGAACAAAGAGGAUGGCAACGGACCCAAACUGGUUGAGGACCAGCUCCUGGCGACCCCUAAGAGCUCUCGGGGGUUGGGCGAUGGAGGAGCGAUGGAUAAGGGGAACCAGGCAGAAGGAGACAAGGACAGCAACCACACCGGGAGCGUCCCAAAGGGAAAGAAAGGAAAGUCGACGCGCCAGCGAGCGAGGAAGCAUGCUGUGCAAGGGGACGAGGCUGGCCGUGGUCCGGAACCGGAAGCACAGGGGCCGAACGCUGACAGCACCGACCCCAAGAACAAGAGGAGGCGGACGGGGAAAUGGGCUCCUUUAGUGGGAAUGAAUCCAGUCCAGAUCCGGUCCACGGCUGAACUCUACCCCAGCACCAGACCAGCCAGUCAUCAGAAAGAAAACGCCUCUGACCCGUGCAUGGACUUCCGCUGUAAGCGUGGGAAGGCCUGUAUGCUGGACGCAGACCUGAAGCCUGCGUGUGUCUGUCAGGAGCCCACCAAAUGUCCUGCAAGCGUCAAUGAAUUUGAUCACGUCUGUGGGACCAAUAAUAAAACAUAUGACACGGCAUGUGUGCUGUUUGCUACUAAAUGCAACCUGGAGGGAACUAAGCGAGGACAUAAACUGCACCUCGACUACACGGGGCCCUGCAAGUUGCUGGCUCCCUGCCUGGACAGUGAGCUGGUCCAGUUCCCCCUGAGGAUGAGGGACUGGCUGAAGAACGUUCUGCUCCAGCUGUACAGUCACGACUCCAUGAGCCCAGGGUUCCUCACGUCCAAGCAGCGCAUCAAGGUGAAGAAGAUCCAUGAGAAUGAGCGCCAGCUCCAUGCAGGCGAUCACCCCCUAGACCUGCUGGCCCAGGACUUUGAGAAGAACUACAACCUGUACAUCUACCCCGUGCACUGGCAGUUCGCCCAGAUGGACAAGCACCCUUCUGACAGGCUCCUGUCCCACUCUGAGCUGGCCCCCCUGAGGGUCCCUCUGGUUCCCAUGGAGCACUGCACCUCUCGCUUCUUCCAGGAGUGUGAUGGAGACCAGGACAAGCAGGUCUCCUUCCGCGAGUGGGCCCACUGCUUUGGGAUCAAGGAGGAGGACAUGGAUGUGAACCUCCUCUUCUGAGUGCCCUCAAGUACUUUGCCUACCAGAGGGUCCGUUUCUCGAGUGUUGUAACAGGCAGCACGCACAAAGCGGUCAGCAAGUAGGGCACAUUUAAAUAUGUUAUCAAAAGGCACUGACAAUGUAAAACGAUGGCGAUAAUCAUGGUUCUGUUGGUGCUCUGUGACCGAGGGAACGGGGUCGGGCUGCCCUUGGGGAGCCAGUGUUCUUACCCAAGUGAUGUUAACCGUAUAAUCAACAUUCAUCAUUAUCCACACAUACAGUAAUACAUAUAAAUACAUUCAUUAAGGGGGUGCGUUUACAAGUGUUUGGAAAGAAAGUAUUAAGAAUGGAAAGAAAAUAUCAAAGGAAAAAAAUUAAACUAGUGAAACUCAAUUAGAGUAUUUUAAAUGUUUUUGUGCUUUGAUGACACAUUAUUCUAGAAGUAUUUUAAGAAUAAAAAGAAAGAUGUUUACCAUUAUAAAAGUGGUAAAACUGGAUUAUUGUUUGUUAUGGUUUCUAUGUAUUUUUUUCUUCUCUCUCU